GUGGGGAGUAGCGGGGGUGUGAGGCCGCGGCGGGGCCGGGCUGAGGAGCGGGUCCCCGCCCUGUCCCGGUGUCCAUCCGUUCGUCCCCCCCAACCCCCGUCCCGGUCCCUUCUCCCGCCCCAGCCCUCACCCCUCGGUGCCGGCGCUCCCGGGCAGGAGCCGUCCUCCAUCUCCCCGCGGUUGCUGGGCCUCGCCUGCUCCCUCUAGCAUAACCUGUCCGUUGUCGUCUCUCCUGGGCGCAGCCUGGAAGCAUGGCGGGCCGCAGAGCUGCCCUCAAGGCCAUUGACUGGGCGGCCUUUGCCGAGAGGGUGCCCGCCAACCAGAGAGCCAUGUUCAACGCCCUGAAAACCCGCAGCGAUGCGCUGUCAGCUCGGUUGGCUGCCCUGCCAGAGAAGCCCCCGGCCAUUGACUGGGCUCACUACAAGGCUGCUGUUGCUAAAGCUGGCAUGGUGGAUGAAUUUCAGAAGAAGUUCAGUGCACUAAAGGUUCCUGAGCCAGUGGAUACACAAACUGCCAAAAUUGAUGCCCAAGAGAAGGAAGCUGCGAAGAGCACUGCUGAAUACGUGCAGGCUUCCAAAGCUCGUAUUGCCCAGUAUGAGCAACAACUCCAGAAGCUGAGAAACAUGAUUCCCUUUGAACAGAUGACAUUGGAAGACUUGUAUGAAGCCUUCCCUGAAACCAAGCCGGACAAGGAGAAAUACCCGUACUGGCCCCACAGACCCAUUGCUGAUCUGUAAACUUGUCUGGAAGCAGUUUGUCUAACGACUGUCAGACUCUGAUCUUUUAAAUAAAGAACUUUCCCUGCUGCCUGUGGCUUAGAUCUCA